AUGCAUUGCGAUUCAUCUGAUGAGGAUGAUAGUAAAUUUGGGAUAGGGAAGAAAUUUUUCAUUUAAUUAUUAGAGAAAGAAAGAAAAUUUAUCACAAAGAUUGAAUCAAUGUAACAAAUUUUGGAUUUGCUCAAUAUGUAUGCGAUGUGUGUUGAAUUCUUUGAUACGGUAGGAAAUCCUGCCAAGUAUUAUUUUAUGGAAAAGAUUUCGAAUACAAUUGCAGAGAAGGAGGCAUUUGAAAUAAUGUUAAAGGAUGAGAUGUUGGCAAGAGAGAAAAGAGAGAAGCAAAUGUAAAUCAAACCAAUCGUUAAGGAAGGACUAGUGAAAUAUGAUCCUCUCAAACGCCCAGAAAAACCACCUAAACCAAAGUUUCAGACACCUGUGAAGGAAGAGGAAUAAUAACAAAUUUAGGAGAUUAACAUAGAAAACAAGAAGAUUUCGCAUAAAGUAAUUAGGGAAGUUCGUUCGAAGAAGUUGACAAUGACGGAGAAGAUAUACCAAUCAUAAAAUGAAUAAAAAGUCUAAGUUGAUUUGAUCAAGCAUUGGGAUGACGAAGUAGAAAGGAAGGACAACAUAAUCAGAUAGUCUUUGUAAUAAUAGGGAGAUACCAUUCAAGACAGAGUGAAUGAAAGAUUAAAUAGAUUGCGUAAAUAACUACCUAGCAAUAUCACAAGUGAAAUGUGUUUAGAAAAAUAUGAUACAUGA